AUAUAAUAUCUACGAGAGGCCGCGGAACCCAGCGGAAACCGGAAGCAUGCCGACAGGGCUGCCCGCGCAUGUUGACGAUGCUGUCACAUGUGGGCAGGGCAGUUUGGGGCAGUUGCCCACAUGCAAUGCAGAGGCGCUUUCGAGCCCCAUGUUCAGGGGCGCAUUUCAAAUCCAAAUUGAGGGGCGUUGCAGCAGGUUGGGAAAGGAAGCCAUAGAAGCAGCAAGUCACCGAUUGUGGCAGAUCGGAAGUCUUUUUGUAACGUCAGAGCGUUUAAUGUGUAAAGCGUUGGGAGGACUCAUCCUUUCAAAGGUCACUUAGCUCAUCAAUGGGGCUCCGUUCUCCAAAAGAGAGCAGGUUUCCACUCCUCAAAAGUUUGUACUCCUUCUACAGUAGCUGGUGGUGCAUAGGACUGUCACCUUGAUCAAAAGCGAAGAUGAGAUCAAGGAGUGGCAUGAAGUCGGGCUCAUGGAGCUCGGUGAUUUCCAUUCUCCUUCUCAUCGCAGGUGGUGCUUUCUUAUUCUAUUUAGGAACCGUAGUAGGCCCUGCAGGAAAGCAGCGUGUAAUCUAUGUGAACGAGGGGUCGGCAAGGUCGCCUCUCACGAGAGAGCUGGUGACAGUAGCUGACGUCAUUCAAUCAGGGAGUAAAUUUCAUUCUGAAAGUACUCAGGCAGGGUCUGAAAGUCAGCUAGCUGCUGGCAUAUCUCAAUCAGGUCCCGAAACCUCCUUAGCGAGCCGUACUCUCGUAGGAUCUGAAAGCAGUCGUUCAAAGUUGGAAACAACUCAGGUAGCUACGGUCAGCGGUGUGCGAAAGCACGGGGACUUGUGCGGUCUGCCAGACAGCCAAGUCGAGCAGUUACUGAGCCAACCCCACGGCUCAAAGCCUUGGGAGAACCGCUACUCUUGGGAUUACAAGUGGUGGGACAUCAAGUCCCUCCGCCAGCAUUUAUAUGACGUCCCCGCAAAGGACGUCGAGUGUUUGCUCGUGUCAGCGGCGGGCGUGAUUCCGUGCCUGGCGGAGGAGUGCCUAGUCACACUGUACGUUCGGCCGCAUACUUCGGACAUUGAAGUGGUUCUGCAGCUGUUUGAUAAGCUGGAGUACUACUAUCUGGCGGACUACACGCCGCAGACGAUCCUGGAUGCCGGGGGCAACGUCGGGUUUGGGGCGCUCAUCUUCGGCACGAUGUUUCCUGAUGCAACAAUCAUUACGAUUGAACCGGACACGGAUAACUACCGGCAAUUGCGGCGCAACACAAAGCACCUUGCGAAUGUGAUCCCCUUAAGGGCAGGUCUUUGGUGGAAAGUCACGGCGCUGCGUAUUCGCGAGAAGUACAAGGAGGGCGGCCACGAGUGGGAGUACGUCGUGGAAGAGGUGACGAAAGCUGACGUGGCAGCAAAGACCGCCGGUUCCGAACCGCUCGACUUCUUCCCGGCGGUGACCGUCGACUACCUCGUGCAGUUGUUCAACCUCGGGUCGUUCGAUUUGGCAAAGAUCGACAUCGAGGGCUCAGAGCGGGAGGUUUUCACACAGGACACGUUUAACAGGUUGAGUUGGUUACCCAAGGUUAAGCUGCUAACCGUGGAGCAACACGAGAACCUAAAACCGGGGGCGGAGGCGUCGGUGGCGAAAGCGCUCACGGAGACGUUUGGGGGGGUGUUUGAGCUGGUCACCAUGCCUGAGUAUCAGAUAUGGACGAAUAAGCAGACGAUAGGGCAGAUCGCGAAUGUGAACGUGGGGGCAACGGCGGGAAACGUACAAGACGCCCCGGUAGAAAAGGGGCCUGCGAAGGAUCCCCAACUACAGGGGGAUCCUCUAGAAGGACUCGUUUCUAAUUGAGUUUAAUAUGAAACCCCGCCUCAUAGGCAUCGGUCUCCACCAUCAGGUGACUUGAUUGCGUUUGCAUGAUCGCAUUGUAAGUUGAGUAACGCGUCCUCGAUAAGUCCACGAUAAGUUGGCUUAGCGCAGCGUUGACUUAACAACUUCAAAUGUUGUGGAAAUGAGAGGCGGACAACAACAACUUACCACAAUCGCGUAUGCAACUAGCUAGCUCGAUAACGACAUCAGUCGUCUGACAAAGUUCGGCAGCGCGCACGCCUUCGAAAAUUGAAUUCAGCAGCUAGACGGUCCGCUAGACAUGCUGAUUGGUGGUCGCGCGGGCCCAUGCUCCUAACCAUCCUUUAGCACCGGC